AGGAGGAGGAGGAGGAGGAGGAGGAGGAGGAGGAGGAGGGGCCUCUUAUUAUAAUAAUUAUAAUAAUAAUAAUAAUAUAUUGGGGGGCCCCAAGGGGGCCCCAAAUAUACCCUCAGGGGGCCCCAAUGAGUACCCUGGAUCUAAACCUCCACCACCACCACCAGCAAAAUGGGGCCCUAGUCCUGCUGCUGCUGCAGCACCUGCUGCUAGUGCAGCACCUGCUGCUGGUGCUGCUGCUGCUGCUACAAAGGGAAGGAGACAAUCAGGAGAAGAGGAGACAGAAGAAGAUGAGGAGACAAAAGGAGACAAUUUAUUAUCUAGUUGGUUACCUAAUUUUAUUAAUAAGGAUUUAUUACCAUGGAUACAUAAGGAAGAAGAAGAAGGAGAAGAAGAAGAAGAAGAAGAAGAAGAAGGAGAAGAAAGUCAUCAUGAGGGGGCCCACAGUAGUACCCCAUCACAUACAGGGGAAGGGGGGCCCCAAGGAGGGGGCCCCUCUUCUCUUUUAGGGGCCCCCACAGGAGGGGGGCCCCAUGAAGAGAAAAAGGAAAUACCUAGGACACCUAAGGCAGCAGAUAAAAUGAUUAAGGAAGCAGGGGCCCUACCAUGGGACGUAGGGAGGAGACAGCCCAAGCACCAGCAGCAGCAGCAACAGCAACAGCAACAGCAACAGCAACAGCAGCAGCAACAGCAGCAGCAGCAGCAACAGCAGCAGCAGCAACAGCAGCAGGAGCAACAGCAGCAGCAGCAGCCGCUGGGUAUGCCAUUUGCACUGCCAACAAAGGGGCCCCCUCCUCCACCACCACCACCUCCUCCUCCUUCCCCAUGGGGGCCCCCUCCAGCGGCUGUGCUCCCCAUACCGGUACAGCAGCAGCAACAGCAGCAGCAGCAGCAACAGCAGCAGCAGCAGCAGCAGCAGCAAACGUCUCCUCCAUUCAGAGGGCCCCCUCCUCCACCUCCUAAGAAGAAACCACAGGGGCCCCCACCAACAAAAGGGGCCCCCAAGUCCCCUCUACCUAAUAAGAAUAAUAUUAAUAAUAAUAAUAAUAAUAUAAAUAAGGGGGCCCCCCCUCUUAAUAAUAUUAAUAGGGGGCCCCCCCCUACCCCUAACAGUAAGACAACCGUCCUUCCGCGACUGCAGCAGAAGCCAGGGUAUAAACAGCAGCAGCAAGGAGGAGCAGCAAGGAGCAGCAGCAGCAGCAGUAAUGAGGUGUAUAGUACUGCUGCACCUGCACCUGCACCAGCAGCAGCAGCAACAGCAGCAGCAGGAGCAGCAGCAAAAGUGUCUCCUUUAGGUGUCUCCUUGAGGCCCCUAAGAGAAUUCCCUGGUGUCUCUGUUAACUUUGAUGGUCUAUGGAGGAUAUGGCUGCAGCAGGAGCAGCAGGAGCUGCAGCAGCAGCAAGAGGAGCUGCAGCAUCAGCAGCAGCAACUGCAACAACUGCAGCAGCUGCAGCUGCAACAGCAGCAGCAACAAGAAGAGACAAUGUCCUUACCACAACUUAUUUGUGGUACAGCAGCAGCAGGUAAGAAAACAGCAGCAGCAGCAGCAGCACCAUCUACACCAGCAGCAACAGCAGCAGCAGCAGCACGUACUGCUGCUACUGCUGCUGCUGCUGCUACUGCCGCUGCUGCUGCCGUUACAGGGGGUACCAAUGUAGGGGGGCCCCCCCAGGGGGCCCCCGAGACAUAUAGGGUACUAUGCAAUACAGAGCAAGAAGAUGGCGAUCUUGUCUAUCAGGUAUAUAAGGAGGCCCCUGCAGGAGAGCCUGCUGCUGCUGCUGCAGCAGCAGCAGCAGCAGCAACAGCAGCAGCAGAAGCAGCAGCUGUUGAGAGUGCCUGGUACGCAGGAGCAGGGGCCCCCCUUAAUCAAGGGGGCCCCCCUUCAUCACCAUCACCUAUGAUUCCUCAAGGACAAUUAGGGUCACCUGCUGCUGCUGCUGCUGCUGCUGCGGCUGCUGCUGCAGCAGCAGCAGCAGCAGCAGCAAGUACUACUGUAGCAGCAGAAGAGCAGCAAGGGUUUGACCGUUUCUGGCGAUGUAUACAGCAGCACCAACUGCAGCAAUAUUAUUGA